GUCAACAUUGGUGUGCGGGCAAACCUUCUAGCACAAGCCACCAACUACCGCGACUUGAUGGAUGUGGGGGAAACUUGAAGCUUACCCAAACUUCAAUCCACGCUCCAGCUCCAGGGAUGGAGCGCCCGAAGAAACCACCAGAUCCGUUUUUCACGGAGAGGCGAUCUCGCAUCUCGUCCCUCAACCAUGGCGGCCGCGGGGGGCGGAUGGCCUGCAGCUGCAGGAGCACCUCGGCAUGGGAUGAUGCGGAGCUAGGAUGGCCUCGAGGUCGGGGCUGCAGCCGAGCUGCCGGAGGCCUUGCCGGUCCCUCUUCUCGGCAGGUACAGUAGCACGCGGAGUUGCUUGUGCCGGGCCGUCGGGAGACUCCGUCGCUGGUCGGUCAAGUCGGCAGGGCCGUGAGGAGGUCGGUAGCAUGCUGUUGGGAGCCAUGAUGGGGGAGGCGCCGUCCAUGGGCUCUCCCUCUUCAGCCAUGGCGAUGGCGCACGCCAGCGACCGAAGGGGCCCUCCUCACAAAAUUCUGCAGCAGCCAACUCGCGCUCUAGUUCGUCACCACUGGGGCCGCCCGGUUGGGAUGGAUUGGAACGUUGGAUCACUAGAAAGUGCAGCUGGUGGUGCCGACGUUCGCAUCGGCGAAGACACGCACAAAAUCAUCGGCGACAGAGGAGCGAGUAGUCAUGGCGGCGGCGGCGGCCUCCGUUGGUCACAGUGGCGGGGGCGGCGGCCCUCAACGACCACGACAAGGAGAUUAAGAGGUGCAAUAGCGUAUCUACAGGCGCGUCAACGUGUCAUGUGUCGCACUCGCUGACGGCGCAAAGAGGAUUAUCGUCCGGUGCGUCAUUGGCAGAGUCUGGCGCUGACGAGCGAGGGGCACACUGAUUGUUCCUCGUCGGCUUCUAGCAUUGGAGCGCCGACUCCAAUGAUGUGGAUGCUGCACUGUGAGUCAUGUCGGCGUGGAGUGGCAGCAACCAGGUUCGUGCCAAGACAUGGGCGUCCACCCGAUGGCCGUGACAGUGGUCUAAGGUGCGAAGACGCCCCAUCAGUUUGCUGGUGCCUUUUGGCCCUCAUGUGGAGUAUCGGCGGAGGUGACUGCACUGCAGCGGUCCAUUUUCAAGAUGCUAUUUUGAACACUGCUUCGUGUCCGGAGUGAAAACUCUUGUUUUAACCUUUAUUGGUCGGACUCAGCAAUGACGAACUUGUGGUGUUACCUUAUUGAAGGCGUUAUCUACUUGCUGUUGUAUCAAUCUUCAUUGACUGAUCACGGCAAUUUGGUGAUGAUGAUAACACAAGGGCGGUUAUCUUUUCUUGAAGGCGCUCCUGCGGAAGAAGUCCUAUGUGUUAGUCUGUAUUUUGUAAUGGCUCGGACAAUGAUUGUUUUUUGUCUGUACUCUGCUUAACAAUUAAUAAAAAAAGUUAUAUGCAUCACAUUGAUGCAAAGGCCGGGGCUUUAACCUCCUUUAAAAAAAAAAGGCUCCAGUUCCAGGCCACCAAGGCAGCAACCACCUACCACGGGCAUGAGCUCCUCCGAUCCGGUCGUCGUCCACAGCGGCGGCUGCCACUGCGGGAAAGUGCGGUGGCAGGCCGAGGCGCCGGCGAGCGUGGCGGCGGGCACCUGCAACUGCGCCAUGCGCGGGAUCACCUUCUUCACGCUGCCCAACGACAAGUUCCAGCUCCAGCCCGGCUCCGACGAGUUCCUGACCACCUACACCUUCGGCACGGGCACGGCCAAGCACAUCUUGUGCAAGGUGUGCGGGAUCACGUCCUUCUACAAGCAGCGGGGGAACCCCGGCGAGGUCGCGCUCUCCGUCAGCUGCGUCGAUCCCGGCACCAUCACGCACGUCCACGUCACGCCGUUCGACGGAUCCAGCUGAACAAGUUGAACACCAAUGACUAAAUAACUUCAGGUUCCACCUAUUGGAUGAAACCUCCAAGGACUGGAGCUGAUCCAAAUAAAAGGUAUAGUGGAAUGAUUAACCCGUUGCCAAAUGUAGAUUUCUAGCACAAAUAAAUUGGUAUCAUCUCGUUUCCAUCUGCACUUCAGCAACACUGGAAUAUGAUAUAUGAUGAGGAUUUUGUUUCUUACAUUUAUGUGACUAAUAUAAUCUAUUUAACUACGUUAAGAUGUUAUAUCCUCAAUAAUGAUACAAGAACCAAGUAUAUUUUGUAGUGGUUAGGCCUUACUGCAGCGUGCACAUAUACAGAGCACACAGGUUUAUCCAAAAUAAUCUCAAAAUAUUUCAUCAAUUACACAUAAUAUAUCCAUACAACUAUAAGGUACAAUACAAUUAAUCAUUUAUGUUAUUUUAUUUUUAUUUUAUUAAUAAUAUACCGGCAUC